CAAUGCAAGGGAACCAGUUUUUCGUUUAAAAUUUCACCAAAAAAUAAAAGAGGGAAUCAUUUUUACUUUGCUACACAAAAACUCAAACUAUACAUUCUUCAAAGCUUCAAGCUUCCCUAACAUGGAGCACUCUCAUCCUGAAAUGGGCAUCACUGCUCUUGAUCAUUCACCUGAGAAAACACAAUCUCCUCCAAAUCCCAACCAUUUCAUCCCCAGAAGCUACCAAGUGAAAGUGUUUGAAGUUGCAAAGCGAAAGAACACGAUUGCGGUGUUGGAAACCGGUGCUGGGAAGACCAUGAUAGCUGUGAUGCUAAUCAAACACAUUUCUAAAGAUAUGAUCAAGUCCAACGGCAAAAGAAAGCUGAUAAUUUUCUUGGCUCCAACCGUUAAUCUUGUCACUCAGCAAUUCAAGGUUAUCAAAGAUUCUACAACUCUUGAAGUGGGAAAUUACUAUGGAGCCAAGGGAGUGGAUGAAUGGAGUAGGAGCUGUUGGGAAAUGGAAGUUCAAACACAUGAUAUACUGGUGAUGACACCGCAAAUUCUCUUGGAUGCCUUGAGGAAUGCAUUCUUGAGCUUAGAAAUGUUUUGCUUAUUGAUCUUUGAUGAAUCCCAUCGUGCUACUGGCAAUCAUCCCUAUACAAAAAUAAUGAAGGAAUUUUAUCAUACAUCCGGCAACAGGCCAAAGAUUUUUGGAAUGACAGCAUCCCCUGUUAUAAGAAAAGGUGUCUCAUCCACCAUGGACUGUGAGAAUCAAAUAUCAGCACUGGAAAGCAUCUUGGAUUCUCAGGUUUAUGCUAUAGAAGACAGGGCAGAAAUUGAAGCAUAUAUUCCCUCAACAGUCCAAACUUGUAGAUUUUAUGAGAAAACAUGGUUACUCAUGAAUUUGGGUCUGAAAGGCGAGAUGGAAGCUUUGUGGUCUAAGUAUGCUUCUAUGUUAGAGUUGCAAAGGGAAGUGCCAAGUCAGUACCAGUACUACCAGGACAUUGAUGAUAAAAUAAAGAUGCUGAGAAAGCGGAUGUCCAAUGACUACAUGAAGAUUUUAUAUUGCCUUAAUGACCUUGGGCUCAUAUGCACAUAUGAGGCUGUUAAAGUCUGUCUAGAGAAUGCCUUCGAUGUCGAAGAAGAGUCCCAAUUUUAUAGAGGAAGUUCUUUGAAGUUGAAAUAUUUUCUCGAUGAAGUCUUACAUAUAAUUGAAGGAUUUCUUCGACCUAGUAUGCAGCUCGGCAAUAACAUUUGUACAGAUUUUGAGUUUGACUAUAUAAAGGCACACGAUUUGGGCUACAUAUCUCCCAAGCUACAUGAACUUUUACAAAUUUUCCAAUCAUUUGGAAGCGGUAGCCAAGUUCCAUGCCUCAUCUUUGUAGAGAGAAUUAUUACAGCCAAUGUAAUUGAAAGAUAUGUUAAGAAAGUACCAUGCUUAUCUCAUUUCACGGUUUCAUAUUUGACCGGAAGUAACAAAUCAGUUGGUGCAGUUGCACCAAAGUUGCAAAAGGAAACUUUGGAAUCAUUUCGCUCUGGGAAGGUCAACCUAUUAUUUGCCACUGAUGUAGUUGAGGAGGGAAUUCAUGUCCCAAGCUGUUCCUGUGUAAUCCGUUUCGACCUGCCCAAGACAGUCCGUAGUUAUGUCCAGUCCCGAGGACGAUGUCGAACAAGCGAUUCUCAGUUCAUCUUAAUGCUUGAAAGGGGCAACAAGAAACAAAUAGAUCAAGUAUUUGACAUCAUCAGGAGCGAGUAUUCAAUGACAGAGACGUCAAGAAACAGAGACCCUGAAGUAUGCAUUUUAAGAAAUUGUAAUUUUGAGGAAACAAAAGUAUAUUAUGUAAAUGCUACUGGAGCAUCAGUUACAGCCGAUUCUAGUGUCAGUCUCAUACAUCGAUACUGCGAAAAGCUUCCUGGCGAUAAGUACUUUAUUCCAAAGCCAACUUUCGACUUUGAAAUGUCUGAAGGGUUGUACCAGUGCAAAAUAACAUUACCUCCUAAUGCAGUUUUUCAAACAACAGUUGGUCCUCUGAGCAGCAACACUCAUUUAUCAAAGCAGCUCGUAUGCUUGGAAGCUUGUAAAAUGCUCCAUGAAAUGGGAGCCUUGGAUGAUCAUCUUCUCCCACUUAUCAAAGAGCCUUUAGAAAAUGAUCUCAUUACAAAAAGCAAAGAAUCAUCUGCAGGUGCAGGAACAACCAAAAGGAAAGAACUGCAUGGGACAACUUGCAUUCGUGCGUUAUGUGGAACUUGGGGAGAAAAACUUGAUGGUGAAAUUUUUGAGGCCUAUAAAUUUGACUACUUCUGUAAUAUUAAUGAGACAUACUCGGGAUUUGUUUUACUGAUUGAGUCAAAGCUUGAUAAUGAUGUGCAAAAUAUUGAAGUGGAUCUUCAACUGAUUUCAAGGAUGGUUAAAUCUUCUGUUUCUUCUUGUGGAAAAAUGCACCUGAGUGCAAAAGAGGUAAUGCAAGCUAAGUGCUUUCAAGAAUUUUUCUUUAAUGGCUUGUUUGGGAGAUUGUUUUCGGGAUCCGAAUCAGAAGGGACAAAGAGAGAGUUUUUACUUCAGACAGAAACAAAAUCACUAUGGAGCUCAUCAUAUAUGUAUUUGCUUUUACCAAUUGAGACAUUGGACACUUCUAAUACGAAUCCUUGGAGAGUGAAUUGGAUAGGAAUCAGUUCUUGUGCUAAUGUGGUAGAGUUUUUGAAGAAAAACUAUUCCGUGGGUCCAGAGCAUUUGAACGGUGAUCAAGGAAACUUAUCACUUUCUAUGACUGGUUCAUCCAUGACAGAGUGCAUGGCUUCAGAUCUAAUCCACUUUGCUAAUACUUCAAUUGAUUUUCAUAAUCUCCAAGAUUUGUUAGUAUUGGCUACUCACACGGGAAGAAUCUAUUCAAUCGUUGAAGUCAUUAGUAGCGAAUCUGCUGAAAGUCCCUUUGAGGAAACUGUUGAUGCUGCCUCAUUAGAAUACAGCUAUGCUGAGUACUUCAAAACAAAGUAUGGGAUUGUCCUUAUGUAUCCUGGACAGCCGCUGUUACGUUUAAAGCAAAGUCAUAAUCCCCAUAACCUGCUUGGUGCUGAAGGUGCUGCAUCAAAAGAUGGUCGUUCUGCUGAGAUAAAGCCACAAGCUCAUGUUCACAUGCCACCUGAGGUCUUAGUUAGUAUUGAUUUUCGAGUAGAUGUUCUCAGAUCAUUUUACUUGCUACCAUCAUUAAUGUACCGUUUGGAGUCACUAAUGUUAGCUAGCCAGCUUAGAGAGGAGAUCAAUGGCAAAUCGGGAAACAUUAAAAUAUCAAGUUCAUUGAUUCUAGAAGCACUCACAACACUUAGGUGUUGUGAAAAUUUCUCAUUGGAACGUCUGGAGUUUCUUGGAGAUUCAGUUCUCAAGUAUGUUGUGAGCUCCCACCUUUUUCUUAAAUAUCCCGAGAAACAUGAAGGGCAAUUAACUGCUCGACGCACAUGGGCUAUUUGUAAUGCAAGCCUGCAUAAACUAGGAACAGAACGCAACAUACAGGGAUACAUACGAGACGGUGCAUUUGAACCACGCCGUUGGGCUGCUCCAGGGCAGCAUUCUAGAUUUCCUGAUCCAUGUAAGUGUGGAGUGGAUACUUUAGAAGUACCUUUGGACAGUAGAUUUCAAACUAAAGCUCCUGUUAAGGUUGGAAAGUUCUGUGAUAGAGGUCACAGAUGGAUGAACUCAAAAACCAUAGCUGAUUGUGUUGAGGCCCUCAUUGGCGCCUACUAUGUGGGUGAAGGAUUGUUUGCUGCACUUCAUGUGAUGAAGUGGCUUGGUAUUGAUUCUGAAUUGGAAUUCUCAUUAACCAUUGAAGCCAUUACGAGGGCAUCCCUGCGAUCCUACAUUCCGAAAAAUGAUCAAAUUGCUGCCUUGGAGUCGAAGCUUGGCUACAAAUUUUCUGUCAAGGGUCUGUUACAGGAGGCUAUAACACAUGCCUCUCAGCAAAAACUAGGUGCCAGCUACUGUUACCAGAGGCUUGAAUUUCUUGGCGAUGCGGUGUUGGAUGUUCUAAUCACACAGCAUCUCUAUCAUAGCCACACAGAUGUCGAUCCAGGAGAGCUGACUGACUUGCGUUCAGCUGCUGUUAGCAAUGAAAGCUUUGCUCGAGCUGCUGUAAGAAGAAACCUUCACCCACAUCUUCAACAUUGCUCUGGGUUACUUCUGAGUCAUAUCACAGAGUAUGAGAAGUUGUGUACAGAAGCUCUUAACAACACCAGCUUACUGGAAGAGAUAAAAGGUCCAAAGGCUCUUGGUGACAUGGUGGAGAGCAUAGCAGGGGCUAUACUAAUUGAUAGCAAGCUUGAUCUUGAUGAAGUUUGGAGGGUUUUUAAACCACUAUUAUCUCCGAUCGCGACCCCUUCAAGUCUUCAAUUAGACCCCCUACGUAAAUUGAAGGAACGAUGUGAUUCUCUUGGGUACUUCGUGAAAGAAACACUUACUAAAGAGGAUGCAAUUGUCAAUGCAGAGCUGAGUUUGCAGCUGGAAGAUGUUAUUUUGGUUGGAAAAGGAUACGAACGGAAAGCGAAAGCUGCAAAACAGAGAGCAGCUCGUCAAUUGUUGAAGAAGUUUGAGGGUUACUUGCAGAGGAGCAGAGACAUAUCUUAUGUCCAGUUUGAUUCUAAAAGGAGAAAACUUGAACGUGAGCAUUUGGAUGAUUUAUCAUCCAAAGACAUGAAUAUUGAUACCUGCAGCAAAUUAACUGAUGAUGGUUCUUCAAAGCCAAUCAUGCAUACAAACGAAAACAUGACUCAAAUGUUAUCAUCUGCAGAGUCAAGAGUUGACUCUACACCAGCCAAUGACUGUUCCAACAAAGUCUUCGGUGACAACAUUGAAAACUCAGGCUUACCUGUUAUUGAUUCGAUCGAUACAAGAAAAGGUGAACCUCGAAAAAUGCUCUACGAACUAUGCCAGAAAUUGCAGUGGCGAAGGCCUGAGUUUACACCAACAGAGGAUAAAUCAAGAACCCCAAUAGAAUUUGGUGAGGGCUCUGAAAAGAGAAAAGGUUUCAGCAGUUUUGUUUCAGACAUCAGCUUGCAGAUACCCAACUUUGGCACUAUUGUAUGCAGAGGAGAGCCUAGAGCUGAUAAGAAUAGUUCAUUUGACUCCGCAGUAGUUGCCAUGCUUUACGAGCUUGAACGACGGGGAAGACUUACCAUUGGAUGCUCUUAAUAUGCUAAAAUAUCAAAUUGUGAGCAAA